AUGCUGAAGAGGUUAAGGAAAGGAUUGUGGAACUAUCGCAACUUCACCCUGAUUGUCCUCACACCAGGGCUGCUGCUACCUCUUCCUGUUGUUGUCGGAUCGAAGGAGGCAGAAUGUGCUUUUGUGUUGCUGCUGAUGGCGACAUACUGGGUGACAGAGGUGAUUCCACUGUCCAUGACCGCCAUGCUCCCCGCCAUCCUCUUUCCUCUGUUUGGCAUCAUGACUUCUACAGGCGUGGCAAAAGAGUACUUUAAAGACUUCCACUUCUUGCUGGUAGGCGUCAUCUGCCUCGCCACAUCGAUUGAGAAUUGGGGUCUUCACCGCAGAAUCGCCCUGAGGCUUGUCACCAUGGUGGGGGUCAACCCUGCAUGGUUGUUGUUAGGCUUCAUGUCCGGCUGUGCCUUCCUCUCCAUGUGGGUCCAAAACACCUCAGCCGUUAUGAUGAUGAUGCCCAUCGUGGAGGCGGUUCUCCAGCAGAUCCUGGAAGCCAAGGAGCAGGGAUGUGUCGGUGAAGAUAACCCCAACUUACAGCUGGAUGAUAAUGACGACCACAUUGACAAGAUUAAAGAAAUUGUGAGUAACAGGAAGGAUCUGGAAAGUCCUGAAAAAUCCUUCACGGGUGUUCAGAUACAUUCGCUGCAAAAGCUUGAAGGAGCUCAGGCUUCAGUGUGUCUACCUGCAGCUCCCAGUAGGACCAAGCAGGACCUCAUGAUAUGUAAAGCCAUGUGUAUCGGCAUCGCCUACUCCUCCAACAUCGGUGGUAUUGCCACGCUGCCUGGAACGUCCCCCAACCUCAUCUUCUCUGAAUACCUCAACCAGAUUUACCCAAACUGCAACUGCAUUAACUUCGGGAACUGGCUCUUGUUGUGCCUGCCCAUCAGUGUGAUCAUGCUGCUGCUCACAUGGAUAUGGCUCUACUGGCUCUUCAUUGGCUCAGAUUUCAGGUUCCUGUGGCGAUGUGGAGGGGAGCAUUCUGAGAAAGAGAAGGCCGCAAGAAAAGUUAUAGAAGACGAGUACAAGUUGCUGGGACCCAUGAGCUCUCAGGAGAUCGUCACUGCUGUGGUUUUCCUGCUGAUGGUGCUGUUGUGGCUGACCAGAUCUCCAGGGUUCAUGCCUUGCUGGGCUUCACUCUUCCCCCAUCACUCAGGCUAUAUCACUGACGCCACCGUAGCUCUUCUGCUGGGCCUCUCUUUUUUCAUCUUACCUGCCAAUGGACCCUACAAAAAAUAUGAGGCCAUGAUCUCCUGGAAAGAGUUUCAGGCCUCGAUGCCGUGGAAAGUGGCCUUGCUGGUUGGUGGAGGCUUCGCACUCGCUGAAGGCACAAAGGAAUCAGGCCUGUCCCUGUGGGUGGCGAAAUUGCUAACACCUCUGGGUGAUCUGCCAAUCUUGGCCACGAUUGUCGUCGCUUGCAUUAUCGUCACCACGGUAACAGAGGUGGCCAGCAACGCGGCCACUAUCACCAUCUUCCUCCCCAUCCUCUCACCUCUGGCUGAGGCCAUCCACGUCAACCCACUGUACGUCCUGAUCCCCACUACUCUUUGUACAUCCUUCUCCUUCCUGCUGCCAGUGUCCAACCCACCCAACGCCGUUGUGUUCACUUACGGACACAUCAACAUCAUGGACAUGGUGAAGGCGGGGGUUGGCGUUAACGUAAUUGGUGUCCUUGCUGUGGUGUUCGCUGUAGUGACAUGGGGUGUUCCACUAUUCACUCUGGAUACGUACCCUGACUGGGCGCCGGUCCACCCUGGUUUUAACUCAACAACACCUUGA